AUGGAAAUGGAGUUCAUGGCAGAAUUCACGGAGGGUAUGAGUCGUGAUCGAGCUCGCCAAAUCAUUAGAGGUAAACGAACAAAACGUAAUCGGCCUUGUUCGCCUUUUGGGAUUUCCACCACCUCCGGCAACAGUGACUGUUUGAUUAAUAACUUUACACCUGAUCACUCGCCGGUGAUGUCAUCUGAGAUGUCAACGGAGGAAGACGAAGACAUGGCGAAUUGUUUGAUUAUGUUGGCUCAAAGUGUAUCUCCGGUCAAGGAGGAAAAAUCCGAUCAGAUUCGUCAGAAAACCGAGAAGUUAAGUAGUCGGAGAUUUACAGAGAUGGCGGUUUCUUCCGCCGGUGGAAAAGCUGGGUUCUAUGUGUAUGAGUGCAAAACGUGUAAUCGUACGUUUCCGUCGUUUCAAGCUUUAGGUGGACACAGAGCAAGUCAUAAGAAGCCGAAGGUUAACGUAGAAGAGAAGAAAUCUGGUUUGGUUAAUAUUCAACCGCCAUUGAUGGAAUAUUCUGAUGAAGAUCAACACAAAGUCGUGGUAGAAGACGAAGAAAACAAGAACAGUUUGAUCAUCAGUAAUAACGUCCAGAAAUCUCCUUCAUCUUCACCGGGUUUGAUUCAAACAGGAAUUAUUAAUAACAACACCAGAGGAAAAGUUCAUGAAUGUUCAAUAUGUGGAUCGGAGUUCUUAUCCGGCCAAGCUCUCGGCGGACACAUGAGAAAACACCGGCCAACUCCACCGGCGAUCAACAGAAGUACUGGAAUCUCAACAAACACCGACGACAGCAGUACUGAUAAUCAUAUCAUUGAAAAUUCUCCGGUGGGUAAUAGUAUGUUAUCGUUGGAUCUUAACCUUCCGCCACCGGAGGUGGCUGACGACGUUCAAUCACAAUUUCAGUUUACUGCGAGUUCUUCACAACAACAUCUAGUUUUCUCUGCUCCAGCUUUAGUAGAUUGCCAUUACUGA